UACUUCCACCCGUUCUUUUGCAUUUUGAGACUCGUUUUUAUUUUUACCCUAGAACCAAGCUGCGAGAAUGUCUGCACCGGGAAGCGGCGGCGGCGGCGGCGCUGGAGAUGAAGAUAAGAAGCCGACGGACCAAGUUGCUCACAUUAAUCUCAAGGUCAAGGGUCAGGAUGGUAACGAAGUAUUCUUUCGGAUCAAGCGCAGCACUCAGUUACGCAAGCUUAUGACUGCUUACUGUGAUAGACAGUCAGUUGAUCUGAACUCGAUUGCAUUCUUAUUUGAUGGUCGCAGGCUUCGGGGAGAGCAAACCCCAGAUGAGCUGGAAAUGGAGGAUGGUGAUGAGAUAGAUGCCAUGCUACAUCAAACUGGAGGAGCAUAAGCAUGAUUGUAAUUAGUAAUAUAUGGUUUCCUGGAUAUACUUGUACCUGCGGUGAAAGGAAACCUUUAGUUAUUGCUGUUUGCUCUAGUUGGAAGUAUCAUAAAGUGAAUUAGGAAUUAUGGCCUUAACUUUGCUAUCAUUAGCAUCCUGUUAUUUAUUUUUUAGGUGACUCCUCUCUGUAAUUCUAGUGGCAUUGAUCAGUAUGAAGCCUUUUUCCUCCUUGUUAGUAUGAAACUUUGUUUGAUCAGA